AUGGCUACCGAGGCAGGGGAGGUAUCAGGUCCUACUGAUAUUGGCCGUUGCAAUUUGGUCAAGCACCACAUCACGCUUGAUAACGACAGGCCCUUCAAGCAGCCGUACCGUAGGAUUCCCCCAGGGAUGUUCGAAGAGGUGCGCCAACAUGUCAAGGAGAUGCAACAGUGCGGUGCAAUACAUACGUUUGAAUCCCACCUUGAGCGAUUAACUUCUGGUUUUCAGAGACUUGAGGCGCAUGGCCUAAAGCUUAAAGGUGCUAAAUGUGAGUUUUUCAACAACUCUGGCACAUUUUUUCAGAACAAGCAACAGGAAGACUCAUCUGAGCGUGUUAUAGCUUAUGCAAGCCAAGGUCUCCGUCGCAGUGAGCGCAACUAUCCUGCAAACAAAUUGGAGUUCCUUGCACUGAAAUGGGCUAUAGCAAACAAAUUUCAUGACUAUUUGUAUGCAACAACAUUUACAGUUACAACUGACAAUAACCCUUUAACUUAUGUCAUGUCUACAGCAAAGCUUGAUGCCACCGGUCAGCGAUGGGUCGCCGCUUUAUCGAUGUACAAUUUUGACAUUACUUACAAAGCUGGUAAACUCAAUUCAGAUUGCGAUGGUCUUAGCCGGAGACCACAGUUGUUCUCUGAUGCUAUUAAAGCUAUUUGUGAGUCUGUUCCUUUUCAGCAACCAGCCGUUGAAUUUCUGGCAGGUGUGUCUGCUUCACAGAUGGUUACUGUGGAUGCAAUACCUUCGGCUUGUACAGUAAACCAAAUUGAUUGGUCAAAAGAACAGUCAUGUGGCCGUGAUAUUUCACAAGUCAUUGACAUGGUUCAUAGUGGUACAAAACCUAAAGCUUUUAAGGAUCUACCAGUCAGUGUCGAAAAAUUGAUUAGGAAUUUUGAUCGCUUAUCACUUUUUGAUGAAGUUUUGUAUCGCAAUUCCAUAUUAGAUGGUGAACAAGUCAGACAACUCGUGGUGCCAUACUCCUAUCGCUUAAUAGCAUGUCGGGGUGUGCAUGAUGAUGUUGGCCAUCCAGGGCGCGUCAAGUCUCUAUGGCUUGCUCGACAGCGUUUUUACUGGCCAGGCAUGGAACAGUGCAUUGACAGCCAUGUUUCUAACUGUAGGAGUUGUAUUUGCAGUAAAACACCAAUUGUUCCUUCUGCGAAUCUAAUUCCUAUGGAGACCUCCAGGCAAAUGCAACUAGUUUGCAUUGAUUUUCUUAAAGUUGAUCAACGUAAAUGUGGUUAUGAGGAUGUGUUGGUUAUAACGGACCAUUUUACCCGUUAUGCCAAGGCAAUCCCUUGUCGCAAUCAGAAGGCGACAACAACUGCCAAGGUCUUGUUCGAACAUUUUAUUGCUCAUUACUCAUUCCCUGAGCAACUCCAUUCUGAUCAAGGCAGAAACUUUGAGAGUCAGGUCUUCAAGGAACUUUGCAACCUUGCAAAUGUUCGGAAGACCCGGACCACACCUUUCAUCCCAUGGGCAUACAAUGCUACAAAGAGCAGCUCCACUGGGUAUUCCCCACAUUUCUUAAUGUUCGGGUGGCACCCAAGAUUACCGGUUGAUGCAUAUCUUGGCACAACUCCAGGAAAUGACGGAGAGGCAUGUCACUCUGCAUACAUUUUAAAAUUGCAGGAACGCCUCAAAUUCGCAUACAGAGUUGCUGGUGAGUACGCCAAAAAGCGUGCAGCACAAAACAAAGCUCUGUAUGACAGUAAAGUUAAAGAGAAUCAGAUCUGCAUUAACGAUCUUGUACUUGUUAGACAAGUCAAUCUGCAAGGCAGACAUAAAUUGGCUGACAAAUGGGAGAGAGAACCAUACAUUGUUCUUGAUAUCUCAUAUGAAGGCCAGCCUGUGUACAGAGUACAGAGAGAGAACCGCAGGGGACCUAUUCGAACUCUGCACAGGAACAUGUUGUUACCUUUUGUUUCUAUCCCAGAACCUGAACAGGAAUCACAAACUGUCCGCAAGGUCAAAACGUGUUCAAAGCCUAGUCAAAAUUCUGGUAGUGAUAGUGACUCUAGUUCAAAUUCUGAUUCGUCUGUACAACUUUACAUAAUUCCACAGAGAAGGAACCCUAACACUUGUAUUGCUGUAACUCCAGGCCCAGUGACCAGCAUCAGUAACCCUGUUAAUUAUCAUUCUUCGCAAUCUCACUCACCUGAUUCUAUUUCACAGCCCAGUCUUGUACGUCCAAGCAACCAGUCAGUCACAGGCAGUCAUUCCACUCCUGUAGAAAUUCCUGUGGGUUCACCUCUUUCCCACGAAUCAAGUUCUAGUAGCAGUUCUCUUACCCAGUCUAUACAUGAGAAUUUUCCACCUAGCAGACCCGAACGCCAACGGAGCCCACCAGACCUGUUUGGGGAAUGGAAAUUUGCACAGACUGCAGAGUAUUUUGUUUAA